AUUUAUUGAGCGCCUACUGUGUGCAGAGCACUGGACUAAGCGCUUACUAAGUCCUCCUCCUCCAGGCAGCAUGAACCGUUUCCCCCCGGAGCUGACGACGCUGCUGAUGCUGCUGCUGGGCCUGGGUCCGGCCCGGGCCCAGCGCCAAGUGGCAAUCCAGGAGGGCCCCCUGUACCGGACGGAGGGCUCGCACGCGACCAUCUGGUGCAACGUGAGCGGUUACGAGGGCCCGGCGGAGCAGGGCUUCCAGUGGUCCGUCUACCUGCCCGCGGCCCCCGAGCGGGAGGUGCAGGUGGUCAGCACGCUGGACCCCGCCUUCCCCUACGCCAUCUACGCCCCGCGCGUCCGGGCCGGCCAGAUCUCCGUCCAGCGGCUGCGGGGCGACCACGCCGUCCUCCACAUCGCCCGCCUCCAGGCCCGCGACGCCGGCCGCUACGAGUGCCACACGCCCAGCACCGACGCCGUCUACUUCGGCAGCUACAGCGCCAAGACCGACCUCGUGGUGCUGCCGGACUCGCUGCAGGUGUCCGCGGCGGCCCCCCGGGCCCUGGACCGCGUGGAGGGCGACGGCCUGGAGCUCCGCUGCGACGUGGCCACGGCCACGGUCCGGCACACCCACCUGUCCGUGGGCUGGUUCCGGCAGCGGCCCGGCCAGGAGCCGGCCGAGGUGCUCGGCCUGGGCCGCGACUUCGUGCUGCGCCCCGGCCCCGACUUCGCCGGGCGGCAGGCGGCCGGGCAGGUGCGGCUGGACCGGCUGGGCGAGACGGCCGUGCGGCUGACCGUCCUGGGCCUGCGCCCGGCCGACGCCGGCGACUUCUACUGCGAGGCCGCCGAGUGGAUCCAGGACCCCGACGGCACCUGGUUCCCCAUGACCCGCAAGCGGUCGGAGAGGACCGCCGUCCGUGUCCAGCCCACCGACAGGGAAUUUGGGGUGCGCCUGGAGACGGAGAAGCGUCUGUACGUGUCCGGCGAGCCGCUGGAGCUGCGCUGCGUCCUGCAGGCCCAGCGGGUGGCCGACCGGCACUUUGCCGUGUCCUGGGCCCUGAACGGCUCCCUCAUCGCCGCCCUGGGGCCCAACGCCGUGCCCGAGCUCAGCCCCGACUUGGCCCGGCGCGAGGCCCGCGGCCAGCUCAAGGUGGCCAAGGAGGCCGACGGCGUCUUCCUGCUCAAGGUCUUCCACGCCCGCCCCGAGGACAGCGGCAAGUACAACUGCCGCGUGGUCGAGCGCCAGAAGACGCCCACCGGGGAGUUCGUCGACGGCGAGAGCCACCGCCCCAAGAACGUCCCCAUCACCGUCCUGCCCCUCACUGAAAUCUGGGGAUUAAAAUUUCCCCAGCACCAACCCAACCAGACCCGAGUGCCCCCGGAGACCAGCCUGUCGGUGGACCUGGCGAGCAACGCCAGCGGCGUCUUGGAGGGGGACAACCUGCAGCUGGCCUGCAGCGUCCGCUCGCCCGCCGCCCGGCCCCGCGCCCGCUUCUCCGUCCUCUGGCAGCUGCUGGACGGCCAGGGCCGGGCCGCCGUCGUGACCGGGCUGGACCGCGAGGGCACCGUGCAGCCCGGCCCCGGCUACUGGGAGCGCUGCGGCCUCGGCCUCGUCCAGACCGACCAGGUCCAGCCCGGCUCCUUCCGCCUGCGCGUCCUGGGCGCCGUCCGGGCGGACGAGGGCCGCUACGAGUGCCACGUCACCGAGUGGGCCCACGGCCCCGACGGGGACUGGCAGGUCGUCGGGGAGAGGAAGGCCGCCACCCACGUUGCCGUCACCGCCCUGGAGACGGGGUUCGCCGUGACGGCCGUCUCCCGCACCCCCGGGGUGACCUACGGGGCCACCUUCGACCUGCAGUGCAUCGUCAAGCCGUCCUACCCGCCCUGGGUGCCCGUGGCCGUGGGCUGGCGCUUCCAGCCGGCGGCCACCACCGGCUUCCACGACCUGGUGACCUUCACGCGGGAAGGCGGGGUGCAGUGGGGGGCGGGCCCGCGGGCGGCCGGGUUCCGCUCCCGCACGGCCGUGGAGAAGGCGGCCGGAGCCGGGCCGGCCGGGCCGGGCCCCGUGAGGCUGAGCGUCAGCCGGGCCGGAGAGGCGGAGGCCGGCCAGUACCAGUGCGAGGCCCAGCUCUGGCGCCGAAACUACAACCGCACCUGGACCCGCCUGGCGCUCCGGACGUCCAACCUGCUCGAGAUCCGCGUCCUGCGGCCCGUGAGCCGACUGCAGGUGAGCAAGGCCAGGAGGAGCGUGACGAUGGUGGAGAGCGGCUCCCUGCAGCUCAACUGCUCGGUGCAGGCCCAGACCAGCCCGGACUCCCACUUCGCCGUGCUGUGGUACGUGCGCCAGGCGACGGGGGCGGGCACGGCGGCGGGCACCGACGGCCGCCUCAUCCUGCGGGCCGCCCCCGACUCGGCCCUGGAGCUGAGCGCCUACGCGGAGGAGCGGGGCCUCCGGGGCCGCGUCCAGUUCGAGCGCCGGCCCGCCGCCCUCCCCGGUGCCCUCUUCGCCCUCACCCUGCGGCGGGCGGCCGUCGGGGACAGCGGCGGCUACUACUGCCGCGUGGAGGAGUGGCUGCCGGGCCCCGACGGGCGCGGCUUGUACCGGCUGGCCGAGGAGGCGUCCGGGCAGACCGAGGUCACCGUUAAGCUGCCAGACGCCCGCCUGAAGGUCCUCCAGGCCCAGGGCAACGUGACCGUCCUGGAGAGGCAGCGGCUGCAGCUGGGCUGCACUGUAGUGGACAGGUCCAGCGCCCAGGCCCAGUUCUCCGUGCGCUGGCUGGUCGGCGGGCCCGGCCAGAGCCGGACCGUGGCCCGGCUGGGCCGGGACGCCUCCUCCCGGGCCGGGGACCGGCCCGGCGACCCCCAGGAGGCCCGGCUGGACAGCCCGGCCCCCGGCCACUACCGCCUGGUCAUCCCCGCCGCGGGCCCGCGCGACGCCGGGGCCUACGCCUGCAGCGUGGAGGAGUGGCUGCCGGGCCCCGACGGCCGCUGGUACAAGCGGGCCGAGGAGACCUCCGGGACCGCCACCGUCACCGUCUCCCGCCCAGAGCCCGCGCUGCAGGUGGAGGCGGCGGCCGCCAACGCCACGGUGCCCGAGGACGGGCCCUUCCGGCUGGACUGCGCCGUCCUGGCCCGCUCGGCCGGGGACUCCCGCCUGGCCGUGGCCUGGCUGGCCCUCCGCCCCCGGCGGGGGUCCGGCCGGGAUGAAGACCCCGAGGAGGAGGACGGAGGAGGAGGAGGAGGAGAAGAGCGGGCCACGGUGCUGAGCGUGCGCCCCGACGCCGUGUUCGGGCCGGAGGGCGGCCCCUGGGCGGGCCGGCUGCGUUUCCAGAGGCCGUCGCCCACCCUGUACCGGCUGACCGUGCUGAGGGCCCGGCCGGACGACGCGGGCAACUACUCCUGCAGGGUGGAGGAGUGGCUGCCCGACGCCCGCGACCAGUGGUACCUGCUGGCCCGAGAGGAGUCCGCCCCCGUGGGCAUCCGGGUCCUGGACGCAGGGUCCACGCUGCAGUCGGCCGUCUGCGCCAACGACGCCCUCUUCUACUUCGUCUUCUUCUACCCCUUCCCGGUGUUCGGGCUCCUGGUCGCGGCGCUGGUGCUGGCGCUGGUGCGGGGCCGCCACGCCGGGCGGAAGGCCGACGGCAAGAACGGCGUCCCCCUGCUCUGGAUCAAGGAGCCGCACCUCAACUACUCGCCCACCUGCCUGGAGCCCCCCGUGCUCAGCAUCCACCCCGGGACUAUAGACUAGCCGCCCCCCGAGAUGCCCCGGGGCGGCGGCGGCGGCGGCGGCGGGCUGCGACGGCAUCACCCCGAGGGGGCCGGUUCCCCCGGCGGGACCAACCCCGCUCGCCCUCCGGCCCGGUCCUCGUGGCGUCCGGCGGCGAGGGACGGGGCGUCCGCCCUUUCGGGCGGCACAGAGGACCCGUCGGUGCCAGGCGCCGCCCGCCCCUCCCGUCCGGUGGCCUGUCCCUGCCUCCGUCCCUGCCCCGCCGCCGGGGUCAAAGGUCUCCAAGAACUCGGAACGGACAAGGCUGGCCCCCUCGUCCCCCCGGGGGCCACGGCGGCCGGAGACCGAAGGACGGGUCUCCGGGGGGGCUCCGGUGACCUUGCGAACCCAGGCUCGGUGACCGGAGGCCGCCCCGGACUCCAUUUGGCCAACACGCUACCCCCCACCGUGGUAUCCGUUAGGCGCUCACUACGUGCCAGGCGCCGUACUAAGCGCCGGGGCACGUACGAGCAGAUGGGGCUGAAUCCCCGUCCGGCGGCCGAGGGGACCGAGGCCCGGGGAAGCGGAGCGACUCGCCCAAGGUCACCCCGCGCUUCAGAGGGCCGACCUGGGAUCUUCCGGGGGUCCGAGCCGGCCUCGGGACCCCCUUCCCUCUCCGGCGUGCGGCGGGGUCAGCCGUCCAACGGGCGGGAGCCUCUCCGCCUCCCCGGACGGACAUCGGAGCGGCGACUUUUUCCGUGAUCGGCACCUCCGUCCUCCCGUCGGCGGCGACGGUCUGGGACUUUCGAUUGCCCUGCCCAGACGUCCCCCCCGGAACAGUAGUAAUAAUAGUAAUAAUAAUAGAAUAAUAAUCAAAGGACCUCGCUGGCUCUCGCCGGGACGGUGGCUUCCGCCAGGCCCGUGGUCUUCCGUCGUCGUUAGCCUCACCGCAUCCCGUUUUCCGUCCCCCCUUAUUCCGGCCACUCCGAUCUCUCCCUCUCCUCGCCUCUUGGAAAGCACAGAGCCCUUCCCCGCCGUCUACACCGCCAGGCGGAAGCCGGUUUUCCCCGUCCGCUGUCUUUCCCCCCGGCCUCCCCUCUUCCCCCUCCGCCGCCGGAAUCCCGAUCCGGAGGCGGUGGUUGUCUAAGGGCUUUUCCUCAGAGUCGGUGGGGCUGGGGGUGGGUCUUGAUGGGGGGGUACAAUUUUUGACUUUUUUAAAGAAUAAAAAAAGGUGCUACUCGACCAGAAGGGGUACAGCUACUUUGGCCUGGGAUGUCCGGGCGCCAGACCCCAUU